AUGGUUUCACCAGCGCGCGCCGAUCCGCCCUUCCCCGUGGAUCGCCUCCCCGACGACGUUCUCGCGCUCGUCCUCCGCUCGCUCGCGCAGACCUCCUUCCGCCACGCGCUCGUUUCCAAGCGCUGGUACCGCCUCGCCACGUCCGCGCUCUCCCACCUGACCAUUCGCCAUCGGGAUUUAUCGAUGCAAGAAGUACGAGAUUCUGAGCACUUCCGCAACGCGCAGCUUGCAUGGCUCCCGCUCCCGCGCCUUCUUUCCGUUUUGCGCCGCUUCCCCACCCUCACGCACGUGUCGCUGAGCGAGUUUUCGAUCGUAUCCGCCGAUGGCGACGCGCUCUUCCAAUGUCUCGCCGCCACGUGUCCGCUCCUGAGCCAUCUAACGGUGGAGCAUCAGUUUCGCAUGGUGGUCACUGUAGACGGCCUCGCGUCGCUCUUCCAUGGAUGCCGCAAGCUUAGAGAAUUCCGCCUGCUCACCACCUUCUGCCUUCCGCAUCUCCCGCCGUCCCUUUCGCUCCUCACGGAUCUCCAAACCCUCCACGUGUGCGCUCAUCCUCUCUAUGGCGAUGACUCGUUACAGGAGCUCAUUUCGCCGCCCGAGAGCAUCGGCGCGCUGCAGCAGCUGCGGGAGUUGCGGAUCAGCGCGGGAACGAGUUUCCAGGGACUUGGGGAGUGCGUGGACCUCAUUACUAACCUCCGCAAGCUGAGUAUCGGUACUCUCUUCGCAAGAACCAUCACGAGGCUUCCCGACGCGAUAGGCGACUUGGCUCGGCUGGAAAGCCUAGAGAUCGAACUUGAUGGGCUCGAGUGCAUUCCGGAAUCCUUCCAACUGCUGACCGGGCUGAAAACCCUUUUCCUUCAAUCAGAGAAUCUGCAAUGCCUGCCCGAAAAUGUUAUGGCGGGGCUGACUCAGCUGCGGUCCCUUUCCCUCCACGCCUGCAAUUCGCUCAAGAUUCUCCCGGAGAGCAUCUGCUUCCUCCCUCUCUCCUCCCUCUCCAUCUCCUCCUGUUCCUCGCUCACCUCACUCCCACACCACAUCGGCGCCUUGUCCCACCUGCAAACCCUAAAGCUCCUCCACCUUGAUAAUAUCCGGGAUCUGCCCGAAAGUCUGGGUAAGUUACCCCGGUUACAAUCGCUCGGGUUGGACCUGCCCGCACUGGCGCAUCUGCCCGAGGGAUUAUGUGAAAGCAGCCUGCCUGCGUGCCUGGAGAAGCUGAGACUGACCAACUGCGAGCAGCUAAGGGAGCUUCCCCAUUCACUCGCCGAACAACACCCGGGCUUAGUGUCGCUCGCCGUGCUAAAAGUUUCAAACUGCCCGCUCAUCUCCUCCCUCCCAGAAAACUUCUCCUUCCCUGCCCUGCACACCCUCACCCUGCAUUCCCUGGGCAACCUGAAAAAUCACCUGAACUUUGCACCUAGGCAGCUGCCGAAGCUGCAGUAUCUGGAUCUGGAGCGGGUGGAUGGCGAUGCAGAACCGUGCCUGCCUGACUGCUGCGGUCCCUGCAGUGGAGUUGCUGCUGCGGCUUGUUGUGUGCUUAUUCCAGCCGGCUUAUACGAGAGCGUGUAG